AUGUUCGCUUGUAAUGGCAUCCUUUUUAACCACGAAUCGCCUCGCCGUGGACGUACAUUCGUCACCCGUAAGAUUUCGCGUGCCGUGGCCGAAAUUUCCUUGGGUAAAAAGGAAUGCCUGUGGCUUGGUAAUAUCAAUGCCAAGCGUGAUUGGGGGCAUGCCAGAGAUUAUAUCGAGGGCAUGUGGCUAAUGUUACAACAAGACAGUCCUGAUGACUUUGUGCUUGCCACUGGCGAGACUCAUACUGUUAAAGAAUACGUCGACAAAGCUUUUGCCGUCAUAGGAAAAACCAUAUCCUGGGAGGGCGAAGGGGAAGAGCUCGUCGGUCGCGAGACGGAUACCGGGAUCAUUCGCGUGCGUGUAGAUCCAAAGUAUUUCCGUCCCACCGAAGUUGAUCUCUUGCUUGGAGAUCCCACAAAAGCAAAUAAUGUGCUUAAUUGGAAACGAAAGGUCGACUUUGAUUCACUAGUAAAAGAGAUGGUCUUGGCCGAUAUUGAAGGUGCAAGGGUGAAUUCUGAUAAUUAA